AAAAAGUGAUGUUCAGACUCGCGCCCAACUCGAAAAUCGACGCCGCAGAGCGCUGAUGCUGCUGCGACGGUUCGAACGUGCCUUCUCGACCCGCGCGCCCAAGCUGCGCGACCUAGUCGUUCUGGCACCUGGUGUAGCUGAGCGCCAUGGUCUCGCAGCAGGAGAUGUCGCCAAGGUUAUCUUGCACGACGUCAAGGAUGCGUCGACACCGUACCGACUGCAAAUCCCGCACAGCCUCGAGAAGCCUUGGUUCUCCGGUGCGGAUAUCGUGCUCGCCGAUCCCAAUGCGCUGCAGCCUGCGCCCGAGCCGCCAGGAGACCAGUGCUGUGGUUCAAGUUGUCCCAACUGCGUUUGGAUCCGCCAUUGGGCCGAGUGCCAGGAGUGGGAACUCGAGCAAAAAGCCGCGUAAAUUCAAAUAGAGGAAGUUUUCCGAU